AUGACUGGGGGGACCAUUUGCAUGCAGCCAUCGCCCCAUGGAUUCAUUCCUGCUCGAGGAUUCCAGGAGAAUUGCAUGGCCCGAGUGCCUUGCUUCAAUGAUGGAUCCGCGCCGGACGACAUGGAUGUGGUGACGAAUGAAGGGCGCGAUAUCACGGCGCAUCCGAGUUUGCGCACACCUGUCACGACGUAUGGCCGUCAAGUGCGCUACACAGUCUACGAGUUUGAAGAACUGCUGGAUAGCAGCUCGAUCAACGCCAAGGGAUGGACCGAGAUUGCGCAAACUAUCUUCCAGAAUUACACCUUCUUCGACGGGUUUGUCGUGCUCCAUGGCACCGACAGUCUGGCAUACAGUUGCUCUGCGCUGAGCUUCAUGUUGCAGAACCUCGGUAAACCCGUGGUGCUGACGGGAUCCCAGGCGCCGAUGCUCCAGCUUCAAAAUGAUGCGACGGAUAACCUGCUGGGCUCUCUAGUGGUGGCGGGUCAUUUCAUGAUCCCCGAAGUGUGUCUGUUCUUCAACAACAAGCUCUUCCGCGGCAAUCGAACGACCAAAGUGGCCGCGAGUGAUUUCAACGCCUUUGAUUCCCCGAAUUGCGCUCCCCUGGCCAUCACGACAUCUAUGCGCACCAAUGUCAAAUGGGACAUGGUGCAUCGUCCCACGACCCUGGAGCAUUUCCGCAUUCAGACGAAUCUGGAUACCGCCCAUGUCGCGUGUCUUCGCAUCUUUCCCGGCAUGAAGCCCGAGAUGGUGGAUGCGGUCCUCAAAUUGGAAGGACUUCGGGGCUUAGUCCUCGAGACCUUCGGCGCCGGCAAUGCUCCUUCGGGACAAGAUAACGCGAUGAUCAAUGUGUUGGCGGCGGCCAUUCGACGAGGCAUUGUGAUUGUCAAUGUGACUCAAUGUCUUACAGGAAGUGUCAGCCCCGUCUAUGCCACUGGCAUGAGUCUUUCUCGAGCCGGCGUGGUGGCAGGUCUCGAUAUGACGACCGAGGCCGCUCUAACCAAAUUGGCUUAUCUCCUCGCCUUACCGGACUCGACUCCCGAAACGGUCGCCAAAAACAUGUCUGUUUCUCUCCGAGGCGAGUUGACCGAGUCCUCCUUGCCCGUCUUUCGUCAUCCGGAUGGAGCACUGCCGGAGCGUGUACAGACGUUGACGGCGAUGGGUUAUGCGAUUGCCCAAGGGGACUUGGAUCGCGUGCAAGCCAUUCUGAAGACCGAACAUCAUUGGUUGUUGAAUGAUGCAGAUUAUUCGGGAAAUACGCCUAUCCAUCUGGCGGCGACCUCCCCCGCCAUCUCGAUUCUCCACUUCCUGCUUUCGCACGGAGGCUCCGUGCACCUGCGCAAUCGCAAUGGUCGCACCCCGCUGUUCCUGGCGGCCAAUGCAGGCUUGUCGGAGCACGUACUGCUGUUGCGGAGGUCCGGUGCUCACCUGCACUCUGACGAACGUCCGGCUGCCGAAUUGCUGGCCCGUCGACGUCCUGGCGUCUGGGGUUUGGCGGGGAUCGACCCACCAGAGAUCAAGACCAGCAGUGCAACUACUCCGACCCAUCAUCCAGGUUCAGGUCAGAAUUCGAGUCAGAGUCAGAGCCAGCGCCAGAGCCAGCGCCAGAGCCCGACAAAUGAGUCGGACUCGGUUCCACAGAGGGGAUGA